GCAGAAGCCGAGAGGUCCGCAGCUGAGGCCUUGGAGAAAGCUGUCAAGGAAGCCGAGGCCGCGAAGGUGGAAGCCGUCGAGAGAGCCCGAGGGGACGCAAUCUCGGGGUUCUUGGCAGGGGGGUGGCGGUCCGAGGAGCACAAGCAAUGGCUGUCCUCGGUCGUCGAGUCCUCGGUCGACGAGUGGUGUGAUGGGCCUGGCGUGGAGUGGGUUUCCCGAAAGGGUAAACAAUACUAUGAUGGGGGCGAGUUUUUCACUCAAGCCCUCAUCUACCGGAGGAUGGCUCGCCACUUGAAGAUCGAGCCAAAGGACUUUGACCCGGCAGCAUACGGGCUCCCCCCUGCAGCCAGACAUCCGCG